AGCCACCAGCCACGUCACUUUUUUUCUCGUUCGGAAAGAACACGCGUCGUCGUGAAUGCCCUGGCUUCUCUUAUCCUUUCCCCCUUUUCCCCAACGAGUCUCUCAGUCUAUCCACUCCCUCCUCCACUCUGCCGCUCACUUUUCUCCCCUCCAUCUCGAGCUCGUGCGGGGCUGCCCCGGUGGCGUAUUCAGAGACCACGGCGGAGGAGCUCGUGCAGGUCGUCGCGCCGGCGACGUACUCGGAAGCCGCGGCGGACUGGCGGAGGAGCUGCUCCUGGAGCUCGAGCGUAGCGCUCCCAAGCGCUCGUGCUCGGGCGGCUCCGGCGAGGGCCGUGCUGGAGGUCAUGGCGGCUGGGGCGGCUAGGGUCGCGGAGCCGAGGAAGCCGGAGGCGACAUCGUCGGGCUGGCAUGGGGCGACCACGCCGCCACGUUCCUCAUGCUGGAGACGAUGGCAACCACACCGCCGUGUUCCUCAUGCUGCUGGUCGCCAAUGCAACGGACAAGAACCAUGUAGAAAGGAUGUCGAACGGUCAAUUGGGGUUCUCCAAGCUCGUUUCGCCAUUAAUUAUGGUCAUGCACACUUCUGGGAUCAAAAGGACUUGUGGCGCAUCAUGACUGUGUGCGUUAUAUUGAAUAACAUGAUCAUAGAGGACGAGAGGGGACAACUGCCUAACUAUCGCUAUGAGAAUGAGGGGAACAAAGUUUAUAUACCAGCAGUUCAGCCACAAAGGGAUGAACGACGAUUGCAUGAUUUCUUGAGAUACGUCAACUGAUCGAAAACCACACCGGCUAUGAACAGCUCCAUGAUGAUGUAAUUAAGCAUUUGUGGUUCUUCAACGUCAAUAAAAUGUAUAGAUGUUCUAUUCGAAAUGAUUUAGACCAUCCAAGGUGUUUAAAUUUGAAUUCGGACCAAUUUUCA